CAGGGCUGUGUAAAAGCAGAGUUGGCCUUUCGUCUCCUUUUUGCGCGCACAAACCCGCAGGCAGAUCCCGGUAGCGGCCCGCAGCUGAGUCGGCACGGCCCCGGGGCAGCGCCGAGGCGGGGCCGCAUGUGACCGCGGCGGGGGCGGCCCGGCGCUCGGUGCCGCGGCGGGGCAGUGCGGAGCGGCGGCGGCGCUGGGCGAUGCGGAGCGGCCGGGCCCCGGGCAGAUGAUGGCGAUACGCGAGCUGAAAGUGUGUCUGCUUGGAGAUACUGGGGUUGGGAAAUCGAGCAUUGUUUGUCGAUUUGUCCAGGACCACUUUGAUCACAAUAUCAGUCCCACUAUUGGAGCAUCCUUCAUGACUAAAACUGUGCCUUGCGGGAAUGAGCUUCAUAAAUUUCUGAUCUGGGAUACAGCUGGCCAGGAGAGGUUUCAUUCCUUGGCUCCAAUGUACUACAGAGGUUCAGCAGCAGCUGUGAUAGUUUAUGAUAUCACCAAACAGGAUUCAUUUCAUACUUUGAAGAAAUGGGUGAAAGAACUAAAAGAACAUGGUCCAGAAAACAUUGUAAUGGCCAUCGCUGGAAACAAAUGUGAUCUUUCUGAUAUCAGGGAGGUACCUAUGAAGGAUGCCAAAGAAUAUGCAGAAUCUAUAGGUGCAAUUGUUGUUGAAACCAGUGCAAAGAAUGCUGUUAACAUUGAAGAACUCUUUCAAGGAAUAAGUCAGCAAAUUCCACCCUUAGAUCCUCAUGAAAAUGGUAACAAUGGAGCAAUCAAACUUGGAAGGCAGACUUCACAGACGGGUAGGCGGUGCUGCUGACCCAACUUGAUCUUUUGAGAUUUACUUGAAAAACAGCGCCAUUUACUCCUUUCAUGGAGAAAGGACUUCGUGAUCUCAGUGACGUGGCUCCUUAUCUUGAAAGCAGUAAUUUCAAUACUUCUCGUGAGUAGUAACACAAGGACUGGAAGCACAAAGCUUUACUUCAAAGGGAUUUUGUAAAACCUACUUGGAAAAUCCUCUCUAUCCUGUCAAAAUUACAGUGUCAAAGUAUUCUGAUCCUCUGUUUCAGCUGAUGACUGUCUUUUUUUUUUUUAAUAAAAAGAACCUUUUAUAUAAAUUCUAGAUUUGCUACCAAAAAAAUCUCUUUUUACAUCACAAAGUGAACUUGGCAUGUUUUUAGAGUUUUCUAUGUAAUAUUAGGGUGCGAAAACCCAUAAAAGCUGAGUUUUGGCUCACAGUUUCUCUGCCUUAUUAGCUGGACCCUGCUUCUAUAUUUUUCUAGAGCUGUAACUUCAUCUUAUGCUUUCAGUAAAUACCAGCAAGAAUUGAACUGAAUUUGCUAAUUAGAAAAAUGGAUCCGAAGGAUGAGCAAGUGCAGUUUGUUCAGGCUACAAGUCAACAUCUGUGUCAGGAGGAGCUGUGCAUGUGAAAGAAGGAAUUCUCACGAAGGAGGCUGCUGAACCCCACACAAUUCCCACUGCUCCAGAAAGAACUGAAGUAGCAGCCACUGCACUUUGCCUGAAAUGAUUUCCUUUCCAGGACAUACGCUUCAUUAAUCGCUGAAAUUGUUAAAAACACAAAUACCGGUUUAAUCUCUGUUACUUACCAAGCUUCUUCCGAAUCUGUGUCCCAGGCUAAAGUUCUCUCAGCUUAACAAUCCUACUUCUUUUAUUUCUAAAAGAGAGUGCCACGCUGCCCCGGUGGCUCAGGAGGACCCUUUCCGUGGCUCACUCCAAGACAUCUCUGCAAGGCUGUUGGAAGAAUGACAGCUCUGUGCGAAAAUGGCUUGGGCUUAAAGGCUGGAAUCUAAUAAAGCAAAAUAGAGCGUUUCCUUACAAAUGCAAUUCUGUUCAUUUGUAGAAUAGUCUCUUCAGCGACGUGGGGAUGCAAUAUGGAGGAUCCACUGCGUGAUGCCUUUGAAGCUUAUUUGAAAAUACAGUGUAGAAAAAUAAAUCCUGUGGAUGGCUAUGAAAUAGAAAUAAUGUAAAAUUGCGUUCUUCACUUUCAUCUCUUACAAAUACGUGUGACUGAUUUCUCUUUUUUAUCAGUUCAAUUGGAAAUCUAAACCAGGGCAAGGAAUACAGGCUUUAAAACCACAGCCCAACAUUGAUUUGCUCUCUUUCUGGGAAAAUUGACCUCUCUGCACCUUUUCUGGGGGCCUUAUGAAAAAAAAAAACAACAGGAAAAUAACUUACUGUUAUAAAUCAUAAACAGGUACGCAAGAGCUGGGCUUCGUGUUUAUGCAUAAACACAGACUUUCUUGCUAGGUUGUAUGGUUGCUUUGAUAAAAUGGCACUAGUUAUUAGUGCUUGAACCAGAGCUGGAUAUACUGACUGGGAUUAUUUCCUUUUCUUUGGGGGGCUUAAAUAGUUAAUAUCAGCUGGGCUGUUUCCCACCUCAUUUUAUCUAAGAACCUAAACUGCGUUGGUUUUUCACCUAAUAUCCUCUCAGAUGUUUUGGAUUCCUUUGAAAGCACUCACACCUGAAAAUUUGUAAGCAUAGACAUGCGAGUUCCCAACAGAAAGGAUAUUUAGGGUGACCUUUCAGUUUUGUCGCCUGUGCUGAUCCGUGCCACUGCUGAAUUGCAGCAACUUUCUGCUGACAAUCCAUCAUUGUUCACAUGAAAAUUCAGCAAUCAUCACAGUUGAUAGUUGGUAAGGCUCCUGUAGGGACCAUCCAAGACAUCUCCAUGAGGCUCUUGGAAGAAUGACAGUUCUGUUCCAAAGUGGUUUGGGCUUAAAGGCUGGAACCCAAUAAAGCAAAAUAGAGCAUUUCCUUACAUUCCAUCCCCAUGUAAGUGAGUCUGCCUGGGAAGCCCAAGCAACUACAGGAGUGCAAGAGAGGUUACCCUGGCCUAAAGUAGUAGGAACUGAUCACCAACACAGAUUAAUGGUAUUGGUGGGAUCUGUGACCCAUCUGUGAAAGGCUAGACCUGUUACCAAGAAAACAAGGUGAGGUGGAACCUACAUCUUUAAAGCUGUUAGGAAAUUUAGCUCUAUGUAGCUAUGCAUAACCGAUUUUUAACUUUUCAUAAGUCUGUAUGGCAUCUGUCUUUUCUUAAUGUGGCAUCUCAAAUCUCAUUAACCCUAGUUGAGAUGGCGGAAGGCUUUGUAAGACAGUUCUGCAAGUACCCUGUGUACGCUCAGUUUCUGCUAGAACUGGCCUUUAAUGGGGAUCUGUAUGGAACAGAUAUUGUCUUAAUCAGCCGGUUCUUACAGCUGCCAGUGAGCUGCUUGUGAUUCAGAACAGGUUUUUGAGUUACACAUUUAAAUAGUGUAAAAUUGGAAAUCAUUACAAUGGAUUUCUAGCAGAUUUUAGAAUUCAAAUGCUAGCAAAGUAGGCUCAAUGGUAUUUUUGCGUUAGGUGGGCCAAAUCUCUAUCACCUUAUUCUUCUUUUAGUCACUUGAAUAAAUUCAUAGAAUCUCGGAGUCACAGAAUGGUUUGGGUUGGAAGGGACUUCAAAAGCAACCCAGCCCCAAGUCCUGCCGUGGGCAGGGCUGCAACCCACCAGCUCAGCUGCCCAGGGCCCCAUCCAACCUGGCCCUGAGCACCUCUGGGGUCAUGGUGAGCUUCAGCAGAGAAUUCUGGAGUCUCGUGUAAAAACAGCAAGGCAUGGUGCUGUGUAGUAGGUCGCAUUUACUUUGAAGAUAAGGCCAGCCUUCAGCGAUGAUGUUGGUUGUCUGCUGUUUGUCAAAGCCUGCCUCUUCCAGUGGGAGAAUGGUUGGUUUAAGAAAUUGUGACCUUCACGUGUAAAAUUUUUGCUUUCUUUUGUUGCCUUUGUUGUUUGGAAAGUAAGUACCACCACCCUUCAUAAGCAGCCAGAAAAACAAUAGUGAAGCAAACAAUCUCUGAGUCAAAACUUUCAGCAGUGAUCAUAGUUCCCUACUGGUUAAUGGCCGGUUGAAAGCUGAAUGACUGUACGGGAGCACUUAACUGUGGCUGCGCUGCUCUCCUGAGAAUGAUAAGAGUGGCGUGCAGUUCCUCAUCAGCCAGCUGGUGUUGGGUCUGUUGGACACUGCUUUUCUCAAGUGAGCUGGCAGCAGGACUGGAGCACGCUGCGGUGCCAGGUGUGCUUGGUGGAGUCUGUUUGCACCGUGACUCAUGGCCGUGACCCUCCAGCUGCGGGUGACUCGCUUUUCCGGCUUGUCGUGAACUAGUUUGGAAAAAAAAAAAAAAGAUGAUGAAGGAACUAGUUUUCAUAUAUGCUCUGCAUAUGAGUGUGUAUAUAAGUACAGUUUUAUAUUGUUAUGCUGACAAGUAGUGUAUUUUGUCACUAUGUCUGGGUCUCGUAUACUGAACAUUGUAUUCUGUAAGUACAUUUUUUGUUUGUGAUCAUUUCACCUUUAUGAAGUUAAAGCUGCGGGCUGAAGGUAGCAAGAAGAUGGAGAUAGACGUAGGUACAACUGUUGACACGCUAUUCUUAUCCAUGAAAAUGGCAUACUGUGGAAAAGUUGGUCUUGCAGGCUGAGAAAUCUAGAAAAGGUCAUUAGUGUCCAAGAUUUGGCACUCAGAUGUGCUAAAGUUACACUAAAAAAAAGUAAUCUGAUUAUUCACGGUAUAGCAGGUCUAUCUGAAGUGCUACUACAUACCAUGGGUAUAUAUUAGUAACUAGAAAAGUUACCCAUUGUCCCUCGUCUCCUCAGUAAUCCUUCAUGGCACAUGAUGUUAUGCAUUAUUAUAAUGUAACGAGAGCAUUGUUCCUACACUCAGACCUUUUCAGUACAAUGAUGAUGUAGUUUACUAUCCUAUCCUUAAUUAUUUAAGCCAGAGUCAGUGGUAAACUGUCAGUUUAAAAUCACUUUCCAAGUACUCUUCCUCUGUUUUGUUUAUGUAAGGGCUUUGAUUGGGCUGGACCCACUUGCUUCAUGUAUGGGAUGCUGCAAUCUGUUAAUACUUUACCUUAUGUUUUACAUAUUAAUUGUAUCAUACCUAAUAAUAUUUUUGCCCUAAGACGUACUUUUUGUGUUUUAUUUAACCUACAAUGAUUAACGCUAAUAAAUGUUUUGAAUGCCUCUGAUUUGAGGGUGCCUGGUUUCAAUAAAGCAGAACAAAAGAGGUCCCAUUUUUCUCA